GUCGGGGGAGGGGGACCGGGCCUGCCCCGGAGCCCAGCGCCGGAGAGAGCCGGGGGUGGGGGUGCCUUGGCCCCCGGUCCGCCCCCAGGCCUGUGAUCUGGAAGUGGGAGGGAGGGAACCAGACGCCUUUGGGGGAACCCAGGUCUGGAUAACGAUGACUUCGGGGCCCGCGAGUUAAGGGAGAGCCGGGGAAGUUAAGUGCAGGGUAAAGAGGAAGCACCUCUCUCGCUUUGCUUUCCGAUUUUGCUUGUCUGCAGCCUUCUUCCAAAUGGGCAGCACGCCCCGCUGUGAAGAGGUUGGGGCCCCCUUAGAGUCCACAGGACUACUCUGAUUUUCUUGCCCCGAGAUAGUGGUUGGAAGAGGAAGACUUAACAAGGGUCCCUGGGUGUUGCUGACAGGUGACAGGUGGAUCUGUCUGUUGCUGAUGCUGUAGAAUCCUUGGCUCAUAAUUGUAGGCCGAAAGUGUCAGGGAGCGUGUGAGUUUGUAUUUACGUGUUUGGCCAAGUUUCAUUCCAUAUAUAGUAUAUUUGAGAUGCUAAGUUUCCAUUCAAGUCAGCUUAAUUGUUAUGGAGGAAUUCUUCAAAUGUUUCUGAUAAGAGGGGUUUUCAGGAGAGUGGUGGAGACUUGCAGCCUCCUGGAGCUUUUAUUCGAGUCUCCGUGAAGUUCGGGUUCCCAAAAGCAUUGCAGGCUGUUGGUAAAUGGGCUUCUAGUCAUUGGAAAGUUCUUGGACACAAAUGCAGUAUUCGAGGCAGCAGCCAGACACUCUAGCUUUGCAUCCAUUUUGUCAGUGCUGGGUAAGUUAGUAAAGUGCCAAAUCGUAGGGUUAGGUUGAUUGCCAUUUUAUAAAAGGAAUGGCUUUGUGUCCUAGCUUACUCAAAGGAGAUGUUGCUCAUGAAGCAGCUUCAAAUUUUGCUAGGAAUUUCACUGGGUACAAAAGAGGGUUGUUUGUUUUUUGUUUUGGUUUUUUUUUUUUUUUUUUGGUUUUUUUGUUUGUUUUGGUUUUGGUUUUGGUUUUGGCUUUUAGUUAUCACUGUUUACCACACUUGGUACAGCAAGAGUUUUGAUGCCUUUUCAGAAGCAUCCUUAAUGUCUUAGUAAAGGUGAAUCCAUGAUUACUUUUAAAACUGUACAACUUGAAACCUUUUUGAAACCAUACAUAUUUCUAAUAAAUGAACAGUUGCCUUUUCUUUUACUAUAUGCUUUAGCUAGCUACUUUAAUUCCAAUCCUUAGGAAAAAAUGUCAGAUUCAUGAGUUGGGUUAGUAUCCAGAUAGUCCACGAAGGCUUCUGCAGCUUUUAACACGUGUGUGGAAUGAAUAUGUUGAAUGGUGGUACUAUCUGUGUAUUAGCAGGAAAUAGAACAAAAAUUCCAGUGAUUCAGAACCUCUGCUUGCCCCUACACCAGUGUGUAAUAGAGAGUGCUUUAUGUUUUCAGGCUUAAAGAAUCAAACUGAAAGUUGAAUAUGGCAAUUAUUAUGUUAGCCACUGAAUAUAUGCCAUUGCUUCAACUUUCUUUUUGUUUCAUCAGAUAGCUUUUUCUGAGUUAGAAUGGUUUCCAAAGGACACUGGGAAAUACCACUAUUCAAAAUGUUCUCUGUGACCUCUCAUAAUAGAACCUGUGUUUGUAUAAUUCAUAAGUAGAUGAAAUGAUCAACGGUGCAAAUGACAAUGCUUCUCAGGGAGCAGACUUUAAGUCAGCUGUGGAAAGAGGUGCUUACCUUUAGCCAAGGCUGUGGUAAGAUGUGUAGUUACCACACCUAUUUAAGUGAGGCAAAUUCUGCAUAGUUAGGUGCGCACUGCCCAGACUCCCAAUUAUGUCCCUACUGAGUGUUUUAUGCUCUGGCAAAGGUCUUAACAUGAUUGGCUUUGUGCCUUGACAGAAAUAAAAGUUUUAUUCCUCUUUUAUGUAAGGAAAAUUCCCAAAGAACUGGUUCAGUGAGCCACCUUCAUUUUGAGAACUAAGCAUAAAGUAUAGCAGAGAUUGCUUGUUUAUGAGGCAUGCGGUAGUAAAGCUCCAGUAGGAUGGGUUUUCUAACCCUGAAGUUACACACACACACACACACACACACACACACACACUAAAUGCUUAUUUUUAUGAAUAUCAGGAUACUUUAGAAAAGAAGUUUUGCCUUCCUAUAUUUUUAAAAGUUCCUGGAAAUAUUUAUAAUGUAGAUUAUAAAUCAUAGAGUAACGUUUACAUUUCAUUAUAUCACAUGCCUCAGAGAACAGAAGUAAUGCUUUUUGUUUUGAUUGACUUAUGUUGUCUUUCUUUUAAUAAGAACUCUUUAAAUCAGGAUUAUGCGAUAAUAGAGACAGGUGUGCCGAGGAAGAUGCUAGUAAAGGAUUGGAUGAGCAGUUUGCAGGAAUAUGGAAGUGUGGGGAGUAGAUGGCUGCCAAGUAUAGCAAAGUAACUGCUGGACUGCAUUGAGGAGAGUUUUUUUCUAUUGAUGGGUGCUCACAAGCUGUGUGUGUCUUCACUUAACACUGUAUUCAGAUAGUAAGAGAUUUGGAGAUACUGAAAUAAAAUGAAAAUUAAAUAUAUGUUCACAUUAUUGACCUCUGGCUUAUGGUCCCCUAAGUAUUUGCCAGUAUUUUAAAAUUUUAUGUCCAAAUUAUUCUGACCCUUAAAAAGUCAAGAAUACACACUUACUCAGAAAGGCAAGCCCUAAGUACUCCCGGAGUUGCUAGGUACUGUGCAUUCUCUUUGGUUAAUCACUAAACUCAGCUGUGAGCUUGGUAACAGAGGCCAGUAUUAAGGGGAAGACUCUGUCAUUUUCUGAGUAUCCUCAUCUCAGAGCAGCCUGUUUAUUACAAGUGGUGCUUUACCCACACUAGUCUUGUUUUUUGAAGGAAAUGGGAGGGAAUUACAUAUUUCACUUAGAUUUUCUUGACUCUGAGGAUUGUUAGCUGACAAGUUGAUGUUUGAAGAUUUCUGUAAGAUAUUUUUUAGGUUUUGCCAGUUUAAAAGUACAUUAAUUCAAAACUUUAUGUAGAUCCCUAUCUCUAUCUCCCAGUGGUGUUUGAUAAAUAAAGUUUUGCUGAAUGUGACUAUUUUAUUGACCCUGUUCAUUUUGUUUGUUUGUUUGAGAUGGGGUCUUGAUUUGAGCGCUGACCUCAAUGCAGUGCUUACAGAAAAUGCUUGGCCAGAAGAGAUGAGUACUAAUUCCACUCAGGCCUAGAAUUGCCUAUUGAGAUAGACCUGAGCAGGCGACAUACGAAUGGCCCAAGGAAGCCACCAAAUUGAUUUUCAGGUUUUACAUGACCUGCGACAAAAAUUCCCAGAAGUGCCUGAAGUUGUUGUAUCCAGGUGCAUGUUACAGAACAAUAAUAACCUGGAUGCCUGCUGCGCUGUUCUCUCUCAGGAGAGUACAAGGUAUCUUUAUGGUGAAGGAGACCUGAAUUUUUCAGAUGAGUCUGGAAUUUCUGGUCUACGCAAUCACAUGACUUCUCUCAACUUGGACUUGCAGUCACAGAAUGUUUACCACCAUGGAAGAGAAGGAAGUCGAGUGAAUGGAAGCAGGACUUUAACACACAGCGUUAGUGAUGGACAGCUUCACGGUGGGCAGUCCAAUAACGAACUGUUUCAGCAAGAGCCACAGACAGCACCAGCUCAAGUUCCUCAAGGCUUUAAUGUUUUUGGAAUGCCCAGUACAUCUGGUGCUUCAAACUCAACACCGCAUCUUGGAUUUCACCUAGGCAGCAAAGGGACAUCAAACCUUUCUCAACAGACUCCCAGGUUCAAUCCUAUUAUGGUAACUUUAGCCCCAAACAUACAGACUGGCCGUAGUACUCCUACAUCUUUGCACAUACAUGGUGUACCUCCGCCUGUACUGAACAGUCCACAGGGAAAUUCUAUCUAUAUUAGGCCUUAUAUUACAACUCCUAGUGGUACAGCUCGGCAGACACAACAACAUUCUGGCUGGGUGUCUCAGUUUAAUCCCAUGAACCCUCAGCAAGCCUAUCAACCUUCACAGCCUGGACCUUGGACUACUUAUCCUGCAUCCAAUCCUUUGCCACAUACCUCAACCCAGCAGCCGAAUCAGCAGGGCCAUCAGACCUCUCAUGUCUACAUGCCUAUCAGUUCGCCAACUACUCCACAACCGCCAACCAUUCACUCAUCUGGGAGCUCUCAGUCUUCUGCCCAUAGCCAAUAUAACAUUCAGAAUAUUUCAACAGGACCUCGAAAGAACCAGAUAGAAAUCAAACUUGAACCCCCACAAAGAAACAGUUCUUCAAAAUUACGUUCUUCUGGACCUCGAACUGCCAGCACUUCCUCAUUGGUCAACAGCCAGACCUUAAAUAGAAAUCAGCCCACUGUUUACAUAGCUGCCAGUCCUCCAAAUACUGAUGAGAUGAUCUCCCGUAGUCAACCCAAGGUCUAUAUUUCAGCCAAUGCCACCGCAGGAGAUGAGCAAGGCAUGCGGAAUCAACCGACACUCUUCAUAUCUACAAACUCUGGGCCAUCUGCAGCCUCCAGGAACAUGUCUGGGCAAGUGAGCAUGGGUCCUGCCUUUAUCCAUCACCAUCCACCCAAAAGCCGAGUGUUAGGUGGUAACUCUGCAACGUCUCCUCGAGUGGUGGUCACUCAACCCAACACAAAAUAUACUUUCAAAAUUACAGUUUCCCCCAAUAAGCCCCCUGCUGUUUCCCCGGGGGUGGUCUCCCCAACCUUUGAACUUACAAAUCUUCUAAAUCAUCCUGACCAUUAUGUAGAAACAGAGAACAUUCAGCAUCUCACAGACCCGGCUCUAGCACAUGUGGAUAGAAUAAGCGAAGCCCGGAAACUGAGUAUGGGAUCUGAUGAUGCUGCCUACACACAAGGCUGUCCCAGAAAUGCUUGUCUGCUGCAGAGUUCGCUGCUGGAGUGGGCGGGGCCUCACGCAUGUGCUCCUGUUGCAGCUCUGCUGGUGCACCAGAAGGCCAGGAUGGAACGGCUUCAAAGAGAGCUCGAGAUGCAAAAGAAAAAGCUGGAUAAACUCAAAUCUGAGGUCAAUGAGAUGGAAAAUAAUCUAACUCGAAGGCGCCUGAAGAGAUCAAAUUCCAUUUCCCAGAUACCGUCACUCGAAGAAAUGCAGCAGUUGAGAAGUUGUAAUAGACAACUCCAGAUUGACAUUGACUGCUUAACCAAAGAAAUUGAUCUUUUUCAAGCCCGAGGACCACAUUUUAACCCCAGCGCUAUUCAUAACUUUUAUGACAAUAUUGGAUUUGUAGGCCCUGUGCCACCAAAACCCAAAGAUCAAAGGUCCACCAUCAAAGCACCAAAGACCCAAGACGCAGAGGAUGAGGAAGGUGCUCAGUGGAAUUGCACUGCCUGUACGUUUCUGAAUCACCCGGCCUUAAUCCGCUGUGAACAGUGUGAGAUGCCUCGGCAUUUCUGAGCCAAAGGCCCCGCCUUCCUCUGAAACCACAUCUAAAGUUCAAGAAGGUCGCCUGUCAUCGGGAAAGUGUUUCACCGCCACAGGAGUUAGUCCAGUUGAAGGUGUGACGAGACAGUGGUGUGCUGUGUUGAGUGUCAGCCCACAGAGCUAAUGAUACCUCAAUCUAAUGUCAUGGGCAGUGAGAUUCAUCACCUGAAAGGCCUGAGAGACCGGGCUGCCUGCUGCCUGACCAUGUCCAGUGUCACGUGUCAGUGCCUAGGUGUUCCCAGGACUCCUCCCCUCUUGUCACCACUGAUCCUGACGGGAGGAAGGGAGAGACAGGAUGAUUGCUUUUUGUGUUGUUAGAGCUUUUGGUGAAACACUACAUACACAAAGAGAAGGAACAAGGUUUGACUGAGAACUCUGCUGCCACAUAGUGCCAGUAGAUGUGGGAAACGCCACAAAUCUGGGGUACUUUUGGCCCUGUCCUCUGUCUUCUGAGGACAUCUCUGUGAAGCCAGCAUUUAGGUGUGAGAUAAAAGGAAAGCUGUGUCUGUCUGUACAUCCACAGUGCGCUCCCCAAGCCUCUCCUACUGUACAGAUGUCUCACGUCUGCUUUGAUUUCUCCAUUAUCUUCUUAUAUUUCUAUAUGUAUAGUGUAAUAGACUUGUGUUAACUAGUGUCCUUUUCCCUUUUAGUAAGCACGAUCAUGCUCCUUUUAAGCCUUACCUGAGAAAAGCAAUGCCAUAAGGUAGAAAGCAUUAAUGAAAUGAAACUGUGCACAACAUAACUCCCUCUCCCCUUCCUCCUCCUGUCCUUUGUCCCUUGGUGCCAAUGCUCUGAGAAGACAUGCAGGUGCUGCAUGUGAGUCACUGCAAGAAACACUGCAGCCAUCGGACGGUCGAGGUCACGCUGUACACUGACUUGAGCAGUGGGUGACCAAACAUGUCGUUUUGUCUUCUCCAGCAGCUUAAAGCAGAAAGUAUUUAAACCCACUGCCAUCUUGCCCCAUCUGUGUGGUAUCCCAUAGAACUCCAUGGGAGGCUCUUGUUGGGAAAAUGCAGUUUUAAGAAGCAGCCUCAGCAGCCGUUCCCGCAGCCUCUUCUUCCCGGGAAGAAGUGUGGCUGUCGGACUGUUGGCACAGUCAUGUGUAUUUAUAAAGCAUAGUCAUCUUUAGGACAACUGAAGAAAAGCUGGAAAAAAGAAAGAAAACAAGCAGACUUGAACACUGAAGCAACCUCAGACAUCUCUUUAUUUUGAUGAUAUAUUUUUGUAAGGAAAAUAAAUAUUCAUAUGAUCAGGAAUGUAUAUAACUAAAUGAAAUCAAGAAAAAAUAACCAUAUGCAUUUUAAAAGAAUUAUGAAAUUAUCAGUGCUUGGAAUGGGGCUAAGGGAAGUGCUGAAAUAUAAGAAAAAAAUAGGAAAUAAUGUAGAUUGUCCCACUGUAAAUGUUCACAAGUGGCUAUGUUUUAAAUAAACAGGAUUAUUAUGAAUGAGCGUUAAGAAGGUCAGAGCCUGGCCUUCCGGGCUUUGCACUGUGAGUAUGGAAAGAGAUACGGCAACCAUAGGUCACUAGGCAACAGACCCCAAAACUCGUACAUUUGAUGCAUUGUGUUUUAAAAGUAGGCCUUGUUUUUCAGCUUCCUCUGCAGUUCUAUGUGAAGAUUGAUAAAUCAGUUUUUACUUGUUUUAUUAAUAAAACGUAAUUUGGAUAUCUUGAGUUGAUGGUUUUGUGAUUUAGCUGGGUAAACUAUCUUUGUAACAGAUAAGUUAUUUAUAAAAAUUAAAAAAACUUAUAUUCUAA